GUUCAAGUUAUAAAGUCGCGCAACAUUCCCUUUCUCCGUCUGUCUUUGUUGAUCGAUAUUUAUAUUUUCAUCCGAAUAUGUAAUUUAUUGUUGAUUCCAAAUCAAACCACGGCCUCUUAUCGGACGUGACCAGCCGAAGGUUCCUGGUUUUUAAAGGAAAUCUCACAGAGCUCUUUAUGGAAGCUGCUGACGUCCGGAGCUAGCUACACAAGCUAACUAUAGCUAGCAGCUAGCUGUGUGUUGUCAUUAUUAGUUGUGAAGAAAAAAAAACAAGUUUAACGAAAAAACCUUUCACCAGCAUGACGUCAGCCUCCGCGAAGGUCGGGGAGAUUUUCUCAGCAGCCGGAGCUGCUUUCACCAAACUGGGCGAACUGACGAUGCAGCUGCACCCGGUGUCCGACUCCAGCCCCGCAGGAGCGAAGUGGACGGAGACGGAGAUCGAGAUGCUGCGUUUGGCCGUUCGUCGCUUCGGAGACGACCUCAACAACAUCAGCACGGUGAUCAAAGAGCGCACAGUAGCUCAGAUCAAGAGCACGGUGAAGAGGAAGCUGUACGAGGACAGCCGAGUCCCCAUUUCCUCCGAGUCCCCGAAGAAGACCGUCAAGAAGGCCACCGUCGCCAUGACGCCGCCUCCCGCCCCCGCCACGCCCGCCAUGAUCGCCGUGCCGACCUCACAGGUUGUCGUGGCGACAGGGAUGCAGAGCAGCCCCUCCCUGGCCCCGCCCAUCAAGAAACAGAAGACAGCAGACGUGACGCUCAGCGCUCUGAAUGACUCGGACGUGAACAGCGACUUGGUGGACAUCGAAGGACUCGGCGACGGUUCGUCCAGCAAGAAGCUCAACUUUGACCAGGAGAGCCUCAACCUGGACUCCAGCCUCAUCAUGAACUCCAGCGAUCUUCCCCUUCUGUCCCGCUGACCUCCGACAUCUCAGACCGCAGGAAGCUGGAGCCGCCGCAGAAACGUAGACUUUUAUUUUUUUAAAAGGAGGACGGUCCUGUUGCCUGUCGCCGUUGAUAAAACGUGAUUCUCUGCAUUUUGUAGUUUGAAAGCGUGAAACUAAACCCGUGUAUUUUAUUCUGUUAGAGGCGGUGACGGAUCAGGUCGGGUUUCUUCUUUCGUUUUUAGAAACAGAUUUUUUUUUUUUUGAAGCAGAAUUAUGUUUUCAGGUCAGUUCCUGUUUGGAAAUCACACAAACAUCCGUCGUUUGACGUCAUCAUGAAGAAUAACGUCGAGCUGAUGCUUUAAAUAAUGUCGUCGGUGGGAAAUCAGAUGAUAAAUUAUCCACUCAGAUGAAUCAUUUCUCCUUUUUUUUUAUUCUUGAAGUGAAAACAGAAUGACGUAGAAUAAUUAUUGUGCAUCAAUGUGCAGCCUGGAUCAGGUCUGUAAAAUUGGAAUUUCUUACAAAUAAAGACGUUUGUGUUGUAAAAA